GAGCGAGGUGUCAUGGAUCCCUAACAAACACUACUCUGGGAUCUACGGCCUGAUGAAGCUGGUGCUCACCAAGACGCUGCCGUCCGACCUGCAGAGAGUCAUCGUCCUGGACACAGACAUCACCUUUGCCACUGAUAUCGCUGAGCUCUGGGCCGUCUUCCACAAGUUCAAAGGUCAGCAGGUCCUGGGUCUGGUGGAGAACCAGAGUGACUGGUACCUGGGGAACCUGUGGAAGAACCAUCGACCCUGGCCGGCUCUGGGCAGAGGCUUCAACACCGGGGUGAUUUUGCUUCUCCUGGAUCGGCUACGGAAGCUCAGAUGGGAGCAGAUGUGGAGGCUGACUGCAGAGAGAGAACUAAUGAGCAUGCUAUCCACCUCGCUGGCAGACCAGGACAUCUUCAACGCUGUGAUCAAACAGAACCCGUUCCUGGUUCACCAGCUGCCGUGCUUCUGGAACGUCCAGCUGUCCGAUCACACGCGCUCCGAGAAGUGCUACAAGGAUGUUUCAGACCUGAAGGUCAUCCACUGGAACUCCCCCAAGAAGCUGCGGGUGAAGAACAAGCACGUUGAGUUUUUCCGCAACCUCUAUCUCACCUUUCUGGAGUACGAUGGGAACCUGCUGCGGCGAGAGCUGUUCGGCUGUCCCAGCGAGGCCGACCACAACAGUGAGAACCUCCAGAAGACUCUGUCCGAGCUGGACGAAGACGAUCCUUGCUACGAGUUUCGCCGAGAGCGCUUCACCGUCCAUCGAACGCACCUCUACUUCCUCCACUAUGAGUACGAACCCAGCUCUGACAACACUGACAUCACUCUAGUCGCUCAGCUCUCCAUGGACAGGCUCCAGAUGUUGGAGGCCAUCUGUAAGCACUGGGAAGGCCCCAUCAGCCUGGCCCUGUACCUGUCCGACGCUGAGGCCCAGCAGUUCCUGCGUUACGCUCAGGGCUCUGAAGUGCUGAUGAGCCGAGGGAACGUAGGUUACCACAUCGUCUACAAAGAGGGACAGUUCUACCCAGUCAACCUCCUGCGUAACGUGGCCAUGCGGCAGGUCAACACACCCUACAUGUUCCUUUCAGACAUCGACUUCCUACCCAUGUAUGGCCUCUAUGAAUAUCUCAGGAAGUCAGUGGUGCAGCUAGACAUGGCCAACAACAAGAAAGCUCUGGUGGUUCCAGCCUUUGAGACGCUGCGAUAUCGCCUGUCCUACCCAAAGUCUAAGGCUGAGCUGCUGUCUCAGCUAGACAUGGGUACACUCUUCACCUUCAGGUAUCACGUGUGGACCAAAGGCCACGCACCGACUAACUUUGCCAAAUGGCGGACUGCCACCACGCCCUACAGGGUGCAGUGGGAGGCAGACUUUGAGCCCUAUGUAAUGGUGAGGCGGGACAGUCCUGAGUAUGACCGCCGCUUCGUGGGCUUCGGCUGGAACAAGGUGGCUCACAUCAUGGAAUUGGAUGCGCAGGAGUACGAGUUCGUGGUUCUGCCCAAUGCUUACAUGAUCCACAUGCCUCAUGCACCCAGCUUCGACAUCACCAAGUUCCGCUCCAAUAAGCAGUACCGGGUCUGUCUCAAGACCCUGAAGGAGGAGUUCCAGCAGAACAUGUCGCGGCGCUACGGCUUCGCCGCCCUUAAGUACAUGACGGCCGAGAACAACAGCUAGCCACCGCUGUUGACCCUCGCACCCCCUGUGAACUGCUGAACACACUCUGGAGCCUGGGGGUGUGGUGGAGGGGAUGGGGUGUUGGGGGAGAGGGAGGGGGGGGUGGAGGGAUUACAAGGAACGGACCCUCAGCGUGGGGCUGCAAGGGGUCGGACCAGCUGAGCACGGGCCCUGGCUGUAUGAGCCCUGAGCUCCAGAUGUGGAAACUGUUGGAUGACAGGCAAAGGACAGAAGACAUUUAAUGCCUUGCCAUAUUUGUAAGAGCAGUGACGAAGUUGUGAGCUUUGUGUAACAUUAUGUUUGUAUGUACGUGUGUGUGUGUGUGUGUGUGUGUGUGUUUGUGUGUGUACAUGCAGGUAGAUGAAAGGUGUUACUGUGCGUGUGUCCCUUCAGGGUGGUGCUUGGCAAAAAGCUUAAGGAGAGCUGAAGAUGUGAAGCGUCGGGAGCUUAACAUUCUGUUUGCACGCUGCAAAGAGGAAUGCCUUCCAAGUGCCAUGAAGUAACAAAAAGCUGCUGUGGUCUGACUGACAGCGCACCCCAGCUCAAAUGCAAAUGGCCGGCAAGCGGCAAAGAUAAGACAGAGCAGUAAACACGUCCGCACAGAUUUGGAAAAUCUCCUCCUGACAAGUGACACGUGCUCAGAUAUUGAGUCGAGCAGCCAGUCCGCCGACCAUCUGCUGCUGUCUGAUUUGUUCCAUAGCUGAUACCGAUCAGAAUAAAUCCCCCUCCUUGUAUAACAAGGGACGUUAAGUGCAAGGAUGGCAGGAGGUCGUCCACGCGGUUGAUAUUCAGGGUAUCUCCACGUUAGCCUGAGCGUGCCGCUAGCGAGUGUUUCCAGUGUUUUGUUACAAUUAACCGAAUCUGACAGAAGCUGGUGCAGAGGGCCCCCCCCAGCCCCUGUAUUUUAAAUUGAUGCCAGCGCGAUCUGCACACACACCCACUGUCGGUUUGUGAAGCUACCACCCGCCACACUGAGCAGCACGCAGCGGAGCACCAGUCACUGAGCUCACUGUUUACUUUUCUUUCCAAGAGUCAGAAUCAUUUAUCAGUGUGUUUACCAUCCUCCUGGGUGGAGCAGGGGAGUAGAGUCUCCAUACACUGUCAGGAGGAAAUGGGGGGGGGGGGCAGGAAGGAGAACUGAAACUCUUCAGGAGAUCCACUAUCACUCUCUCUUCCUCACUCUGGCCUCUAGUUUGAACUUCUCUAUGUUCAAACACAGUGUUUCUAUUGGCCAAAAGGAUAACACCCGGUUAUAGAUUUUUUUUUUACUUCAUUAGACGGGACUGACAUUGGGUUGUGGGGGGGUUAUUCCCAUGACAAGUUGCCAGUGCAUCACAGAGCUGAUAAUUAAUAAAAUAAAUGAAGCAAGUUAUUGGACAAAGUCUUGAGGAAUAAGUGCAACACGGAGGAAUAUCACAGGUUUUUAAAAUCUUAUUUUUAAAUGUGACAGUGUGGAAAAAUCAAAUUGCACUCAGUCGAGCACAUGACUUUUAACCACAGCCCAACAAUCCAAUUAAAUUAUUCAUUUUGCUACAAGUUGGUGAUAGUUAAAAGUUGCCAGCCCUCACAUUUAAAUCCAUUACAUCCAGAUUUUUAAUUGGAUCUAUUACAAAUUCUAUAAUCUAAUUAAUAUCAAUGUCUGGAUGUUUCUCAUUAAGAUUCACACAUAAUUUCUUUCCUGACCCAUACCCUUCCACUGCACUCGUGGUAAUCCAUCUAGUGGUUUUUGUGUAAUCCUGCUCACUAACAGGCAGACACAUGAAAUGAAAAUACAACCUUGGUUGAGGUAAGAACCUUUAAACUAAGUUUAUUAUAGAAAGAAAAUGAAACAGGGAUUGAAAUGAUCAAGUAAUGAAAUAAAUAGGAUUCGAAUCUGUCGUGGUUUUUAAACAUAGAAACCAGGGUCCAGGCACACUGCCUCACCCACACAGAACAUUUGAAGAUACUGGAGAGUGUCUUUGUUCCUCUUUAAUGUGAGGGAGCUCCCCUGAAGAUUUAACUUCCACGAAUCAGCUGCUGAGGUAGUGACACUGAGGAGAGUAGAAGGAAGCAGGAGUUUUAUAUAUUUAUACCUUUUCUCCAAAAGCAAUCCAAUCUGCUCACACAUUUCUUCCCACUCUAAUCUUCAAAAAGUAGAAUCAUUACAAAUGUGAUGCAAUUCGUGAUCCAAUCCGAAAAUUCAUUCAUCCAUCCAAACAGUUCACCAGUGUAUCGCAACCAUUCAAGCUCACAUUCACAUGUAGAAUUAAUCUACGAUCUCCAAUCAGCAUCAAAUCUGCAUUUUUGGACUGUGGGAGGAAGCUAGAGCACCCAGAGAGAGCGCUGCCCACUGCACCACUGCGCCACCAUUGAAAAUAUGUGCGUGCGUGCGAGCAGGUGCGUGUGCAGAGGCUGAUCAUGUCAAUAAAUGUCUGUUGAGCUAUGAUGAGUUUCAUGAGAACAGUAGCUGAGUUCAUUUCUAGAUGGACAAAUAAGCCACGCUCAUUAUUUUUGAAUUAGCCCUGACCUUUCGAUCUGCUCAUCAAACAUCACACGUCGCCACUGGUUUCUACUGUGUGGUUAAACUAGAGGCCUGUACCCCCACCCCCACCCUCUCUCUCCCUCUAUCUUUUUCUCUCUCUCUCCCUCCCUGUCUGUCUCUCUCGACAGCACUCUCUCACUCUGAACAGGAGAGCUGCAGAAGGGCUCGGUGCAGUCAUGCAGGUGUGUGUGUGUGUGUGUGUGUUUUUCUGAUUGUACAUGUCUGUUCAGUUUGCUGGUGUGUGUGCGUGCGUGUGUGUGUGUGUGUGUGUGUGUGUAACUGGGACGAGCUGCGGUGUGUAAGUAGGACAGUGCUGACUGAUGCUGCUACCUGAAUAAAAGCAAA